UACUCGACACAACCUAUAAAUACAACUUUAAAGUUUGAUAAAGUUCAGUUUUAUUAAAAACAUAAAUCCUAUUGUUACAAUUAAUACUAAGCGCUAAAUUAUGCAAUAAAAUGAUUGACAAUCCAGGUGCUAUAAAUGGAAUUAAACAACUUCUUGUAAAUUUUAGUGACAGUGAAGUUUUGUCACUAUGUGCAACUAUAACUCAAGGGCUACUUAAAAACAAAAUAAACUCCAGAGAUGCUGCAAUAGAUGCAAUUCUAAAGUAUUCAACAGAUGUGGCAAGUUUUUUAAGAAGAAAAGUCCUCACAAGAAACAUUCUCUUUGAAUAUCUUCACGAUUCAGGUAUCAAAGUUGAACUUCCAGUUACCAAGGAUGAACUUAUUGAGAUUAUCGUCCAAGCAUGGGAUAAAAACCAGAUAAAUCCAAAUAAUCCCAAUAGAACUGAACAAAACUUAGAUUUAUAUAAAAAACAUCUUCAAAUCCACAUUUACACAAUAAUGUUGAAAAUUUACAGAAAUCAGAAGUUUCUUCAUCAACAACAACAAAUAUACAUAUUACAAAUGUAUACAUUAAUCAAACACAGAACACAAUUAGCCCUAACAUUAGAAGUAAUGUCAUUGAAAUUUUGUGAAUGGUUUUACGAAUUAAUGAACAAAAACGAAGUCAUAGGCAGUGAACACUUCUUUCCAGACGCGUCUCUUCAAUUAAAAUUAGUCAGUGAUGCAAUAUCACAAGAAGAAGAGGUCAAAAACGAUGGGAAAUGCAUUGGUAAUCUUUUAUUUAAAAUAAAAAGCGAACACGGUUUAUUUUUCAAUCCAAAUUUACACACAGACGGAACAAAAGGUAAAACAGAUCCGCACGGAUUAGUAAUGAUUAUGUCCUGUGGUACUUUACACAUAAAUAAUAUAAUUUCGGGUGUUUUUGAACAAAUAUUUGCUUUGGCGAGAGAUCCCACCAGUGAAAACAACUGGAAGAUAAAAAACACAACACUUGUGUUAAAAAGUAAAAGUGGAGUUACAUCAAUGCCAAAAUUAGAACAUAAUUUGCAUUCAGAAUAAGUUAACGUAAUAUUUAUUGUGAAAGCAUCUAUUAAGUUGAAGUGAUAAACUGGUUUGUGACAAUUGUUAUGUUUAUUUGAAUAAAUUUUCGAUUUUA